AUGGGUCUCAGACGCAGGAUCUCGGAGAUGGACUUAAGAAUGUCCCCUCCGAGACGCAUGCUCUCCGACCAGUCGCAGCCAUCAGAUUACAGCGCUCCUACAGCUGGCGGCAGUGGAAGUCCAACAAAGAAGAGACAUGACGAAAAGAUCAAACCCAAAGACAGCAAGAAUCAUUGGGUCAACCAGCUCAAAGACUGGUUCAGUACUGGAGAGCCAUCAUCCCAAGACUGGAAACAGCUCAAGAAACAAGAGUACCACAAGCAUGGCAUCGCAAUGAAUGAUCCCGAGGCCAGCGCAAAGCUGCACGCCCCCAUCGGAGCGAUUCCCGAAGAGGCCAUUAAGCCCUCCAGCGGACCGGAUCCCGAGACGAUUGCCAAGAAAAAGUUCUCAAACCGGAAGCAGAUUCGCCAAGCCUAUGGCGGUUGCGAAAGGAUCUCCGGCUCUUUUUCCUCUGAAUCUUCGGCGGGCAGCAGGGAGGUCAACCCCAUUGCCCCAUGGGCAUAG